UAUAGUCUUUGAGAUCAAUUUCGUGUAAGGCAAAAAAUGAAGGAAGAGAAUCCACAUGUAUUCAGGGCUCUGAGUGUUACUAGAAAGGAUCCCAUUGCUCAAUCAAAAACUACUCUAUCCUCUUUCAUUAACAUCACCUUUCCCCAACCGAAGAUAAGAAUCAAAUUGCCCAAAUUGCUAGCCAAAACCCUACGUAGAAGAAACCCUAAAAAGUGCAACGAUACCAGAAACGCCAACGACAGCAAGAAGAACAACAACAAUAGAUCGAUCAAAACCGGAAACAUUUUUUCCAAGAAAGUUGGUUCCAUAGUUUCCAAUGUGUUUGGCAACAAGAAACCGGCCACGAAAAGUAGUGGCAGGAAAGAUGUUAUUGGCAAUGAAGAAACAGGGGAUACAGAGGAAGCAAAAACGGAGGCAAAAGCGCCGUUGCAUCUUCCCGAAAACUUCGACGAGAGGAAUGGAAAACAGGUCAGUUCAAGCAACUUGAUUAGGGUUCCAAAUAGAAAGAUUAGGAGGGGAAGGUCAGUGAGAAAGAAAGAGAUUACCGAUAGAGCGAAAGGAAAUGAAAACGAAGGGAAGAAAGAAGAGGAAGAAGAACGUGGGGAGGAGGAGGAGGAGGAGCUGUGCAAGAAGAGGAUACUGAUGGGGCAGAAGUGUAGGCCUCUGCAUCAAUCAGGUCUACUUCAUUACGAUGAAAAUGGGGUUUUGUUGCCAGAAGUUGAUUAUCUGUGUCAAGAGUUGUGAAAAACCUUCAAUCGAAUUGUUUUCAUUUUUACUUUCCACUUGUAGAAAUGCAUGCACUAAAAUUAUGAUUUCGUUCCUCGUUUAGCGUCGAUAAUAUCUAACCCCUUCGUAUGCAUCUAAACUCCUAGUUUUUGGCCUCGAUCAUCCUGUACCAGCGAUAAUGAU